AAUAAAGGAAUAAGAAAUCUAAUUUAUUUUUUUCAUAUGUAUUAAAGUAUUAAAGUCACACAGACCAGCAAGCCAAAUAAUUGUUCCUUACAAAGAACUCAAUUAUCAUCCACUUUGUGUUUUUAUCAUCAAAUAGUUUCAUGAGUACAACCAUAAAUGUCUAUUAUUUUAUAUGCAUAUUUAUAGGUCUACAUAUUCCCUCUAUUGAUAGAUAUAUUAUGAAUGAUUUGAUUAUAAUUUACGGUCAUACUACUUAAAUAUAUACUAAAACAUUCUGUUCUCGACGAUGUAUCAACGGCGAUAGUUGUUGAAUUCUUAAUUCAAUAAAAAACAAUUAUACAUAUGUUGGUCGAUAUGAAUCUUGGUAAAUAAUUGAAAUAAUUGAUCAUGAUACUAUGCCUGUCAUGUCGUUUAACUUAUUUGGCUAGAAGACGUAGAUUUAUUAUGCUUAUAAUUGGUAUCGAAAACCAUAAUUAUAUUAAAAAAACAAACACACUCAUCAAUUACACUCUGUACCAAUAUUACACAAUAAUAAGCUAACAUAAAUAUGAUCAUGUGUGCAUUUAUGCUUCGGAUUCUACUUUAAUAGCAUUUGUGCAUGUGUUAGUGAAAGCAGAAACACUGUCACAUACAAUAUGUUGAGAGUAUAUAUAUAGGAUUAAUCAAUUUUGUUUUUGUAUACUGGAAACUCUUUAAAAAUUCUUUACGUAAACAAUUAAAGACUCUUGGCAAUAAAUAUCGACAAAUUCUCUUCAUUUAAAAAAAAUAAAUCAAUUCAAAUAGACAAGUCAACCUACUAUGCCAAGAGCGAUUAAAAGACCCCCGGAAGUUGAGGAUUUUGAAAAAUGCCAUCAUAGGCAAGUGUUGGUUAACACGUUUCUGGAAGUAAGUUCACCUUACACAAUUGGAAGUUUAUUGUAAAGUCCAUUUUUACAUCUGUUCAUCUAAUUAUUAGUAUAAACAGUUGAAAGUUUAGUGACUUAUUUGUUCAUUGUGGACUGAAAUAAUAAUUAAUUCUUCGUUGGCACAUAAAUUCCUUGGAUUAGUGAGUUGAUAAUGCCAUCAGCUAAGCAAUGAUUAAUUUUUGUGUGAUGAAUUCAGAUUUCAAUCAGAUCUAAAAAAUUGUCGAUUUGCAGCUCCUUCAAAUAUCGAGGUAUCAGCCUAUGGAGUUCAUAUUUGCUGAAAGUUAAUAUAAAAAUACGACUCUUAAUAUUAACAAAGGGAAAGUACAAGCAGAGAUGGAUAAAACUAUUCUCAAUGGAAAUCUACUUUUCAUUAUCAUUUGUAAAUAGGUUAGUCGAUCUUCCAUUAUUUAGACGAAAUUCACUUGAAUUUCGAAAUGCAGAAACUAUCGUCACACAUUUUUGCAAAGAUGCUUGUUGUUCCGUGAAGCCACUAAUUAUUGGUCUGAACCGUGUUGGUUAGCAUAGACUAUGUGGUUGAGGUCUGCAUGAUUAUCGUAACUAAUGAUUGGAUACAAUCGCUGAUGUAAACUGAGGUCUUUCAUAGUGCGGUAAAUCCGUUUUUAAUGUUUUUGGAUAGAAGUUCAGUUCCGAAGAUAUUUUAUAUUUUAGAAUUUCUUGAGUUCCCUCUUGUUUUCUGAAUCAAACUGUCAAUAUCUGCUCUUCUCAGCUACCAUUAACACCGUUAAUAAUCCUACUCCUUUAGAAUUUAUCAUAAUAAUUUCAUAUUGUUGUGUACAUGCGGUGUGAUAUCAAUAACUGUCAAAUUCUACGUUGUUUAUGACUGGCUGAUGAAUCACUUUGUGUCUAUUGACAAAUAAUGUCUAGGGCUUCUGCAUGCCACUUUUUUGAUAAUUAUAAGCAUUCAGUUUAUUUCAUAUCUAUUGUGUUAGACGUCGAACACUUUAUUUAUGGCACAGGAUUAUUUGAGUUGAUUGAUAAUUAUAAUGAAAGUUUAAUAAUAACGUUUGUAUAAACAACUACGAGUGAGAUUUACAACAGGAAACUUCAUUCUCCAAUUAUUAUUGUUGAUUCCGUUUUCCAAAUGUUUAUAGCCAAAUUUAUCCAUAAUGCGUUAAUCCAAACAAAGAUAAAGUGAUUGAUUACUGAAUGAUAGAAACUGUUAGUAUUAGUAAACAAAUUCUACUGCCAUAUUCAGUCGAGGAUUAGUAAAAUUUUUUAACUUAUUUCAUUGCAUUAUAUCAAUAUUUAAAAUCAAAUAACACUAUGUCUGUUAACACUAAGUGAGCAGUUGAUGUUGACAUUAUUGUUCUACAGAGAUUACAAACUGAAUAACAUACUGGUAAUGUCUUCAAUUGUAACUUUGAAAGAUGAAGGUUGAAACAGUAAGGGCAACAUUAAUCAUCACAGUAUUUUAUAUAUUUUCUACUGAUGACAGCCAACGUUUAUGAAAUCUAGAUUUUAACCACACAACUCCAGUAUUAUAUAUUAUCGUCUGGGUAAUUAGCUCAUUUUUUUGAUCGAAUUACUGAUGAAAUGACGAGUUUUAUGACAGGUCAUUUAAAGGUAACUUCUUUUAUAUUUUAUUUUUCUACGGAUAUACUGAAUAACAUGUAAACAUAUAUUCAUGAGCACCAGUGAAAAUUAUAGUAAUGAUAUUUUUAAAGUUGUACACAUCAAAAAAUAAUAAAACUCUUCAGAUUCCUGAAUAAAUACUGUCAUAAAAUUAUAAGAAACUGAUGUUAUAUUACUCACUUACUUACACCUGUUUCCCCUCAUGUAACAUAGGACUCGACCAGGUCUCUUCAACCAACUCUAACUAUGCACUCUCCUUUCUAGUUGUUCGCAAGUGCUUUACAUUCCCUUAAUGUCUGCCUCGCGUUCCAGACUCAAGAUGUUCUUUAGUCUGACUAUUUUACCAUUUUCUUUGGAAUUUCAAGAUAGGGCUUCUCUAGUGAUUCAGUUUAAUGAUUCACGCAAUGUGUGCCCUAUCCACUUUAUAUAUAUACCUGUAUCCAGUAUAUUUAGUAUUGUCCGCCUCAACUUACAUCCUAACAACGAUAAAUAGGUUUGAUAUGUAAAAUUUCAUACUAUUCCCAUUGUUAUUAUAAAUUGUUAUUCAUAUUUCAUGCUAUACAAAACGUAUAAUUUGUAAGUCUAAAAUCAUGUGAAAAUUAUGUUUAAUUAAGUAAGAAUGCAUCUAGAUAAUUUUAUGUUUUAGAAAUCUAUGCAUUUAUUAAAUCCAAACUUAAACAUGCCAAAUGGAUAUGCUACAAAAGUGAAUGACAAACCAUCAAUAAAUAUGAAUAGUCAGACAAUGGCACAAAAAGAAAUUGAUUGCAUAAAACAAUUCGAAAGACAACUUCCACCGGAAUAUCCAUGCAUUACAAUAUAUUUUUCUGAUAUGGAAUGUGAUCUAGAAAGGAAAUGUAUAUUGUAUAUUGUGAGAAGAUGGGAUCGAGACGAUCCAUUUGUUAGUAUGUCACCAUUUUUGAAUGAAUUAGAAAGAGAUUAUGGCAGAGGAUGGAAAUUUGAACGAGUUACUAAUCCAAUUAAAGUUGGCCGUAUAAGUACUUCAACAAAACCUAAAUCAACCUUUUGUUUUCGCUAUGAACCAGAUUGUUAUAUAUAUAAGUUUUAUAGCGAUUAAGAAAUUGAACGACAAGAGUUAAUUUGAAACAAUACAAAUUGAUAUCAAACUUCAAUACUUGUUGUUUUUCUUCAUGUAACAUAUGAAGUCUUAUAAUAAUGCGUUCUUUGUUUUGGUGUUAUUGUAGAAACGAUGUAGUGUGGAUUAAUAAGUGAAGA